AUGAAUGCCAACAACGAUAAUAACCAACAAUCGAAGAUAAAAUGUCAUGGUAAUCGAAGAGAUCAACGUUUUCGACGAAAAUGUCGUAAACGUGGAAUGGAACCAGCAGAAAUAAAAAAAUUACUUGAACGUAAUCAAUCGAAACAGUCGACAACAACAGCAACAACACAUUUGAAUAAACGUAAACGAAAUAUAUCACUUCAAGAAUUAAAAGCAAAACGACCAAUGUACUUACAACGAUCAUCUUGGAUACUUUUUCAAACAUUAAAGAUUGGUCGUACAGAGCAUCAUUGGCCGGAAGAAGUUCAACUGUUAUCAAAAACAAAUGAUUAUGAACUAUGUUUUCAAUAUCUUACCAAUUAUAUAGAACAGUUAAACGAACAAAUUAAUCAAUAUGAAAAAGAACUUGCAACUCAACUUAGUUCGUAUUCAAUGAUACCUAUAUCAGUCAAUCAAGUUGAUACUUGUCUAAAAGAAUAUGUCAAUCAUCAACGACAAUAUUUAGUAACAAAAAACUCUAACCAAUUGGCCAAACUUCAAGAUGAGAUUCUAGCAAAUAAAUUAUAUGAAACGAUUAUGACUUCCUAUCCUAGUUUAAAUCCAAAUCAAUUCAUUGAUCAGUUAAUUAGUAUACGACAGAAGCAAACACAACUUUUGGAAGAACUUCUUCAGUUAGAAAUGCGAAUUCUUUAUAAAUUUUUACCAUCCGAUCUUGAUCAAGAAGAAAAGAUAGUUGCACUUAUUGCUUAUAUACCCUUGAAUAAUAAACGUUAUAAAAUGAUACAAGAUGCAAAACGUCAAUGGUU